CCCGAAAACUGUCAACAUCAUGAAGGAUAGCUUGGUCAUUUGACAUUAUGGGCUGGUGCUGAGUUGGCAGGUAAAAAAGUUAAAUGAAACGUUGCGUUUCACUGUGUGGCUUAGGAUCUGUGUGUGGGAUUUCAAAUUUCGAAACGCUCGAGUUAACUUGCUGGCUUAGGAUCGUGUGUGGGAUUUCAAAUUUCGAAAUUUCGAGCUAGGGUUAGGAUUGAGAGAGAACGAGAGAUAACGAGAGAACCAGAGAUAUCGAGGGAGAAAACACAAACCUAACACCAUUGCUGCCACCGGAGGCUGGACGUGAUAGGAAAAGUUUGUACCAGCGAAGGUGUAGCCGAAGGCAAAGUUCGUACCGGACGUGAUCGAUGUGGAGCGCGGAAGGAGUUAGAUUUUACAAAUGUUCGUGAACUUGAAGAUUGCAUGAUUACCCUAUGACAAAUUACAAACCAUAGAGAUAGUUGGAAGAGUCAUUAUGGAGAAACAGGUUUAUGUACGGCAUUCAUGCAGGACAAAAUACUUGGCACAUGUGAACACAUUAUUAACAGAUGUGCAAAAGACAUUGAUACAAACAACUCCUUUUGCAUGGCUAUUGUCCAUUGAUGUGGAUGCCAAAAUGAGUAGGACACUACUUUUAGAAUUGUGUAGUAGAUGGUCAGAGAGGAGGGGCGGGUUUGAAGUUAGGUCUGUCUUUAUUCCAUUCACCAAGUUAGACCUUUGUUUAGGUUUAGGGGUUAGGGUUAAUGGAGAGAUGUUUAAGUUGUUUAAAGACGAAGUUGAUUGUCAUACUAGGAGAUUGAGAGACAUAGCUAAAGCUAGUUUUGAUCGUGACUUCACUUCCAAUGCAUGGUUAUGGGCUGAAAAAUUCAUUGACAUCCACGGAUUGUUGAUUAAACAUGAGGUUGAGCAUAUCUCAACCCUUGAUUCAUUGAGAGGAACUUGUAAGUUAUCGUUGUUGCGAUGUAUUGUUAAAGCUUGUGAACAUAACGGAUUGGGUGACAUGAAAAUAACAAUUCGGGAUCCAACAGGGACUGUAAAAGCAAGUGUUCACCACAAGGCCAUUGAUCAUCCUGAAAUAGGCAUACACUUAAAAGUUGGAAGUGUGAUAAUCCUACAAGAUGUUUCAAUUUUUUCACCAAUACGUGAAACAUACUAUCUUAACAUAACUCUGAGGAAUAUUGUCAAGGUUUUUGGAAGUGAUAUUGGGGGCCCAACUGAUGACCUAGUACGUCUAUCAAUACCAAUUGAUACCAACAAGCCUCCAACACGCUCCGUUGAUGACAUUCUAUCGAAAUUGAUUCCACUUCUUCACAAACCUCAAGGCACUGGAUGAAAGAAGAACAAUAUAAAUGGCCUAUGUUAAAACUUUCAUAAUUUCCUUGCCUGUAUUUCAGAUUUAUCGUUGUUGUUUGUUGUCGAAUAUUGUGCGUGGUCACAUGGAUGUGUUAUUUAGAAAAAUUUGUGAACUACUUAACUUAUGUUGAUCAAUUUGUUGUUGCAUUAAGUGCUUA